UUCAAAAUUCGACACAGGGCAUUGUAUUUUAGGCCGUGGACUACAAGAGCCGCCAGCGCCACCCAACUGCUUACGAGUUCCGAACGCCGCGGCGGCUCAGUGUUCAAAUCGGCAUUCGCCGGCAGCCAUGGAUUCGAGCAGCUCGGGCUCCACGAAGCUUGAUUACUUCGACGACAUGUGGAAGCUCCAAUCCACCGCCACGUUGCUAUCCGUAUCUAAAGGGGAAGAUGGACGAACCGCCUUGGUAUUGGACCGGACGAUCUUCUAUCCCCAAGGUGGCGGGCAACCUGCCGACACCGGCUUCAUCUCCGUUUCCGAUUCCGGCGUCAAAUUCGUAGUAGACGAUGUGCGGUCCAGAGACGGCAUAGUUUACCACUACGGUUUCAUUGAAAAUUCCUGUGAGGAAUCGGAGUCGAAAUUCGAGAAAAGGAAAGAGGUGCUGUUGUGUGUGGAUGAGUCUAGGCGCAGGCUUAAUACUAGGCUUCACUCAGCUGGGCAUUUGCUGGAUACAUGUAUGAGAAAUGUGGGAUUGGGUGAUUUAGAGCCAACCAAAGGCUACCAUUUCCCUCAGGGGCCAUAUGUGGAAUAUAAGGGCACAGUUCCACAAAAAGAUACAGAAAGUAAGCGAAAGGAGUUGGAGGUAGAAGCUAAUGCGUUAAUAUCGAGAGGAGGAAAAGUUUCUGCUGCCUUGUUACCAUAUGAAGAAGCAUGUAAGCUGUGUGGUGAUUGCCUUCCCGAUUAUAUUGCAAAGGACAGCACUCCUCGCAUUGUGAAGCUAGGGGACAGCCUUGGCUGCCCGUGUGGCGGUACCCAUGUUUCUGAUAUAUCAGAGAUCAAGAGCAUUACGGUUACUCAACUACGGACGAAGAAAGGAUCGACAAAGGUCUUUUACAAUAUCGGGUGACUCGGGUCCUAAUUCUUGAUGUAAUAUUUUGCUCUCUCAUUGAUACAAAGAUCUGCAUCUUUGUGUAAAAAUUGAUAAUUUAUAUAACUUUUAUUAUAGUGUUCUUGUAAAACUAUAAAUUUUUCAGGCUUUUAAAAGGAUUUUACGAUUAGUGAA